AUGUCCAUUCCGAUGUGGAUUGAUGGCAUGGUACUCCGCCACACGACACGACGAGGCCACGACAGCAAGGCUGCACAACACGACGCCGCAGGCUUAGGUCUUUUGGUCUUGACUCUGGUUGACGAAGACGACGACGACGACGACAAUACCGCUACUAUCAUCACGGCGACACACCACGCUUACCCUGGUCUGCAAAGGGCUCGGUGCUCACCAUGCAUCACAGCCUGGCGCCACGAUCCUGGCAUGCCCAUGCGCGUACUCACGUUCACGCUCAUGUUCAUGCUUAUGCAGACAGACAGAGUGACGUGA